AUGGCCGACAUCCUCACCCAGCUCCAGACCUGUCUAGACCAGCUCGCAACCCAAUUCUACGCAACAAUCGGCUACCUAAGCACCUACCACGACAACUCGCCCGCAACAACACCCACCAACAUCCCCAACGCCGCCCCCGCCCUCGCCAAAAUCCCCAAGAACUCCACCGCGCCGCCCGUCCCCGCCGGCGCUCCCGUGCCCUCGCAAUCCUCGCCUCCCCCACCGCAAACCCAGCGCGGCGCAAGCGAGGCCGCCGCGGACCCGAACCUGCCGCCCGCGCCGGACUCGCCGCGCACGUUCGCGAGCCGCCAGCGCGAACUGGCUCGGGACCUCAUCAUCAAGGAGCAGCAGAUCGAGUAUCUGAUCUCGGUGCUGCCGGGGAUUGACUCGUCCGAGGCGGAGCAGGAGAAGCGGAUUCGCGAGUUGGAGGCGGAGUUGCGCGGCGUGGAGGAGGAGCGCGAGGCGAAGAUUCGAGAGUUGAGGACGUUGGGGAGGACCUUGGAGAGGGUCAUGGGGGCGGUGGAGACGGGCAUCUAUGGGGAUCGGGCGGUGUUGGAGAGGGAUUCGUGA